AUGCAAAAGGCCAUCGCUGUCACCAGACUCAAAUCUCCUGCCGUACUGGUGGAAAGACCGAUUCCUGACCCAGGGGAAAAUCAACUUCUGCUUCAGGUGACGGCUGCAAGCUUAAAUCCUCUUGAUCAGAAAACGAGGGAUGUAGGCUUGUUUUUUAAGGAGCCCCCUCAAGUCCUGGGUCACGAGCUUGCGGGGACUGUGGUCAGGCGCGGUGCAGGAACGAAGGCGUCACAGUUUGCAGUGGGUGAGCACGUAUUUGCUCAUGCGAACUUUGUCCCUGGGCAAGAGCUCAAAGAUUGCGGCGGUCUUCAACAAUUCGCCUUGGUCGAUGUCCGAUUUGCCGCCAGGGUCGCAGGCACGGGUCUGUCAGAUGAAGAGGUCGCUGGCAUUCCUGUCUGCGCCAUGGCAUCUUUCAUUGCCUUGUUCCAUUCGACUGGUUUAGGCCUACCGUUACCACCGGCCCUGGACAAGGUUAAUGCAGCCUUUAAGGAUCAGGCUAUCCUUAUUCUCGGCGGAGGAUCAAAUUGCGGCCGAUUUGCUCUUCAAUUCGCUCGCAUGGUCGGAUUCGGAAGGAUAGUGACCGUUGCCUCUUCAAGGAACAACGUCGAGUUGAAAGGCAUGGGCGCAACGCACGUGAUUGAUCGUCACGCUAGCCACGACGAGAUCCUACGCCAGGUACGAGGCGUCACAGGUGACGAGCUUAUCUAUGCGCUCGACACGGUAAACGUAGGGCCCGCUCAGGACCUCGGCCUUGCGGCGCUGUCAAACAGCCGGAAGGGUUGCCUCAUCACGCUGAAUCCUGUGAAUGAGGCUGAGCCGGACAAAGCGCAGAUUGGAGAAAAGGCCGCGGGCUACGACAGACGGCUGACUUUCGGGUUCAGCGCCUUGUAUCCGGACGUGUCGAUGGUGUUCUGGGAGAAUAUAGUGGGUUGGCUGCAGGCUGAGAACCUUAGCCCACUCAGGUGCGAAGUUAUUGAGGGGGCUGAUCCCGAAAAGAUUAAUGCGGCAUUGGAUGGCUACAGGGAUGGUCAGGGACAGAAGGUAGUUGUGCGUCUGUGA